AGUACAUAUAGGCACCAGCCAUUAGCGUCCAUCACGCACUCACUCAGUCCCACGCUCUUUGGCAGUCGAGUCGUGUCGUCCACAUCACAAUGCCACCCUGCUUGUACAACCACGGGAAACCAAGGCCUCUUCUCGUCCUCCUCGCAGUCACCCUCACACUACUCGCCGCCGCCGCCGGCGCCACGGCCGACGAUGUCUCCUCCGGCACGGUCCCCUUCUACCCCUCCGCGGAGGCUGCCGCGGCCGCGCACUGCGACGGCACGCUGUACCCGGAGCUCUGCCUGUCGACGCUCGCCGACAUCCCGGACCUCCACAAGAAGCCGCUCCCGGACGUGAUCUGCGCGGCCGUGAACCGCACCGAGACCGAGGUGACCACCAUGUCCGCCAACUGCUCCGGCUACCUCCGGGAGAGGUCCCUCAGCGGGCGCGACCACCUCGCCGUCACGGACUGCAUGGAGCUCCUAGAGACCACCAUGGAGGAGCUGGUGGCCACGACGGCCGACCUGGAGUCGCCGUCCGCGGCCAGGCGGCCGACCAUGGAUCACGCCAUGACGGUCCUCUCGGCGGCCAUCACCAACCAGCAGACCUGCCUGGAGGGCUUCUCGUACCAGAAGGGCGGGGAGGUGCGGCGGUACAUGGAGCCCGGCAUCCUCCACAUCGCCAAGAUGGUCAGCAACUCGCUGGCCAUGGCCAAGAAGCUGCCCGGCGCCAAGAAGCCGUCGUCGACGGAGAGGAGCGUGGCGCGGCAGCCGUUCACGGGGUACGGGCAGGUGGUGAAGGGCGGGUUCCCGCGGUGGGUGCGGCCCGGGGACCGGCGCCUGCUGCAGGCGCCGGCGUCGGGCAUCAAGGCGAACGCGGUGGUGGCCAAGGACGGGAGCGGGGGGUUCACGACGGUGUCGGCGGCGGUGGCGGCGGCGCCGACCAACUCCCAGAGCAGGUACGUGAUCUACAUCAAGGCCGGAGCGUACAUGGAGAACGUGGAGGUGGGGAAGAACCACAAGAACCUCAUGUUCAUGGGCGACGGAAUGGGCAAGACGGUGAUCAAGGCCAGCCUCAACGUCGUCGACGGCUCCACCACCUUCCGCUCCGCCACAGUCGCUGUGGUGGGCAACAACUUUCUAGCCCGCGACCUGACAAUCGAGAACGCCGCCGGCCCGUCCAAGCACCAGGCAGUGGCGCUCCGCGUCGGCGCCGACCUCUCGGCCUUCUACCGGUGCAGCUUCGUGGGCUACCAGGACACCCUCUACGUGCACUCCCUCCGUCAGUUCUUCCGCGAGUGCGACAUCUACGGCACCAUCGACUUCGUCUUCGGCAACUCCGCCGCCGUGCUCCAGAGCUGCAACCUCUACGCCCGCCGGCCCCUCCCCAACCAGAGCAACAUCUACACGGCGCAGGGCCGGACGGACCCCAACCAGAACACCGGCAUCUCCAUCCAAAAGUGCAAGGUGGCGGCGGCCUCCGACCUCGCCGCCGUGCAGUCCAGCUUCAAGACCUACCUUGGCCGGCCGUGGAAGCAGUACUCCCGCACCGUCUUCAUGCAGUCGGAGCUCGACAGCGUCGUCAACCCCGCCGGCUGGCUCGCGUGGGACGGCACCUUCGCGCUCGACACGCUCUACUACGGCGAGUACCAGAACACGGGCCCCGGCGCCGCCACGUCCGGCAGGGUGACGUGGAAGGGGUACCGCGUCAUCACCAGCGCAUCGGAGGCCAGCACCUUCACGGUGGGCUCCUUCAUCGACGGCGAUGUCUGGCUCGCCGGCACAUCCAUCCCAUUCUCCGCCGGGCUGUGACCGACCAAUUCUUCUUCUAUCAUCAUAUCAUAUAAAGCACCCAAUUCGUCCUGAGUUCGAGUACAUCCAAUCCAAUACCCCAGUGGAGCUGAGGGGCACCUGCCUGAUUCAUCUUAUUAGUUUUGUGGCAUUCUUUUCACCGCAAUAAUUAAGUUUGGUGGCUUAUGUGUUCAUUUGGUUAUACUUAUAUUGUUUAUUUAUGUGGUUUUUUGUUAACUAGCCAGGUGCCUCGGCCAAUUGUGCGGAAAAUGUCAUCGUCAUUCCGUUUAUUUGUUUUAGUUUUGACACGUACGUAUAAAUGUAAACUAUAUAUUGUGCUAUCUAAGAAGUAAUACUUAUAU